CCACCUUAUUAGAUGUUCCAGGGACCCAGGGCCCAACCGUGACCUCCAGGUCCCUACCCUGCCUCCACUCCACUAUGACCAAGGACCGGCCUGGGGGUGGGGGGUGGGCUCUCCAGGGAUAAAGGAUCAAGAGGCAGGAGAACGCAGGGACUCAUGUGGAGGUUUAAUUGGCAGGAGCUGGAGCCAGAUGAGGGAGUGAAGGCCCGUCCCUGAGGCAGGAGGCUAAGCAGAAGGGCAGCUGCAAGGCAGUGGGGCUCCAGGAAAGCUGUGUAGGUCCCCGAGCUCAGCCGGUCACCAUAGCGGUCCAGGAGCAUCAGGACCACACCACUGGUCCAGCCAAACCCCUCCUGGAGAGAGGUAAGGUCAGUGGGGCAAGAUCUCUGGGGAAGGCCCCCAAGUCCUUUUAUGGGGUAUAUGGGUCCCCACCUAGAGGCUCUGGCCCUGCAUAGCCCCAGGGGUACCAGGGAGCACCAGUCAGGCCCUUCCCUGGGACCCACCUCCAUGGAAAAAACAGGUCCGGAGAGGGGAGGUCAUGGUCAGUUGCAGGGAUGGCAGAGCCCCGAAGUUCCCUGGAGGCUGUGGCCCACUCACCUGAACUUCAUACUCCCCUCCACCACCUGGUUGUCCACCGUUGCUGACAUCAUACUGGGGACAAGAGGACGGGCUCUAAGGUCAGGCCCUACCCCAGCCCCGCAACGCCAGACCUCUAGGGAAGCCAGAAAUGGGAUCCCCUUGGGGAGAAGCUGCUCUGGCCCGCAGCUCUGACCCCUGCGGUGCCCAAGAAUGGCCACCAGGUGCCGCCACUGUCCCCAGCUGUGGGGGCUUGGGCUUUGCACAGCCUGACGAUUCCUCCAUCUCACCGUGGGGAGGAGGACCUCGAGGGACCGGGCUCAGGGGCAGCUCACCUUCUCAUACAUGGCUGACUUUUUGGAGUAGAUGUCACAGUUGGUUCGGAUGCAAUUCUGGGCCAGCUGGAAAGCUACUUCCUGGGCUCUGGCUGAAGGAGACUUGGCCAGACCUGGACCCCACCCCAGGUAGGACCCUGAAUCUCCAGAGCCCCCAUCCCAGGGGGAGCAGAGGCCUGAGCCUUAUUCUCGUCAAGGAGGGAAAGAGGCCCCGGGUGCUAAGACCUCCCUCCUGGAGCCGGGGGCCAACCUGCUCCCAUCCAGGCCUGAGUGUGGAGAGAGGAGGGCCGAUUCCCCUGACAGGUGGAGGUAGGUGUAAGUGUUUGCUGAGUGAGAGGCGGAGAGAGCAGAGGAGCCAGAGAAGGGCCUCUGCCUCAUUUGUUCACGCCUCCCCAGAACCAGGCAGGCGGACCCUCUACCUCCGUGGGCUGAGGCCCUGGGAGAGGCCCCAUCCCUGCCUCCUCACCUCUGAUGAGCACGUCCUGCAGGGGGCCCAGGCAUUGGAGAAGUCCCACUGCUGGCCUGUCUUCUGCCACCUCACGGGUGUAGAACUGGGAGAGGAUGGACAGAGAAAACACCUGAUGUGGACACAGCAAGCCCCACUCCGGUCCUACUGUGCUCUCCCUUGGCCAUGUCCGUCCACAUCCGCCUCACUGGGAAAAGGUACUGGGAUUUCAUCCACACCUGGGCCAGAAUUGGGGGGCCCUGAUCCUCUGGGCCUGGCUUCACAGUGGCAGCCGAGAUUCGGGGGGCACUGGGAGACGGAGGAAAUGGUCCCCCCCAGCUAGGCACUGGGCUGAGCGGUCCAGGCUCCUGCACACCGUCGUGCUCUUGCUGGGAUGCCAGAGGCCAGCAUGUGGGGCCCAGCAGACCAGACUCCCCAUGGCCCAGACCUUGACCAAGGCCACACAGCUGAGCAGCCCCAGAGCCAGAACCCAAGCCCGGGCUGCCUGGCUCCAAAGCCCACGGCUGCCAGGGCCUCCAGCUUCCCAGCCUCCUCCAGCCCCCACUCCACAUGAGUCCCAGGCUCCCUGUGCCCUCUCCCCUGAUUCCAGGUGAGGCCAGAGGUCCUCAGCCACCCUGAGCAUUUCUCUCUGAUCUACUCAAGACACCCCUUCGUUGUGCCCGGUGGGCGCUUUGUUGAGUUCUACUACUGGGGAGCGGCCAGGGGCUUCGGGGCAGGGAGCAGGGCGU